GUAAAAUUGCGCCAAAAAUUUCUGGAUAUUCUCAUACACUUUUCAGCCGGAAAAUUGCGAUAAAAGUGUAAAGUGUUUAGUGCUAAAGAUAAUAAUAAUAGUUGCCUGCUGCAUUGCAACUUUGAUAUCAUCGAGUUUUGGCAACGUUUGCGUCAAUUCGAUUAUUUAGUUUUUGGUCAAUUUCCUUACACACAGCAGGCAAUCAAAAAAUUUGCCAAAAUUCCGAAAAAUCCGAGAAAAACACCAAAAACAUCGACACGUACCGCAUCGGCAACCGGUGGCGGUGGCGGAGGUGCUGGCGGCGGUGCCACCACCAGCACAAAGAUGGCAUCUAAAAGAAAAGCCUCGGUGUUGCUGCACAAGGAAACCAUACCAGCAACACCGGCCACAAGCACCGACACCAGCAGCCUUGUUGGUGUAGGAGGCGGCGGCGGCGGCGGUGGCGGCGGCGUUGGAAGUGGUGUUGGCGGUGCCGGCACCGGACUGGUUGAUAUUGCCAGCAGCCUGGGCGGCGGCGGUGGUGGAGGUGGCAUAACCAACGAGUCAGAGGCCUACGCGGGCCUCAUGAAGGAUGCGGACAAACUUAAACUAAUGCUGCUCGCCUGGAACUACCAAAACUCAACGGCUGUGCGCAAUGGCACCGAGGGGCCCGACCUCAGCGUUGUGGGCGGCCUUUGGGCGCAGUACCAGAAUGCUUUGGCCCAAAAUGCGGCAGCGGUUGCAGCGGCUAACAGCAAAAUGGACAGCUCGCUGUCGCCGGUGCCCAGGCAGGAUGCGCCGUCGCCAAUGGAAGCGCAGGACGAGACCAACUCGUCGGGGCAGAAGGAGGAGGACGAGGUUUCUGAAGACGAUUCCGAUGACAAACUGGAUGAGAAGCUGGCCACCCCACACGAUCCUGAGCGCCUCAAGGCCUUCAAUAUGUUUGUCCGUUUGUUUGUGGACGAGAAUCUGGAUCGCAUUAUACCCAUCUCGAAGCAGCCAAAGGAGAAGAUUCAAGCCAUCAUCGAUUCGUGCGCUCGACAAUUUCCCGAGUUCAGCGAUCGUUCCCGCAAACGUAUUCGCACCUAUCUCAAAUCGUGCCGUCGCAACAAGAAGACACGAGACGGCUGGGAGAAUACGACUCGACCGACGCCCGCUCACUUGACCUCCGUGCAGGCGGAGCAAAUCCUGGCCAUCGCCUGUGAGAAUGAAUCGAUGAACGCGAAGCGUAUGCGCAUUGGCCUGGAGCCCAUCACCCAUGCGGUGCCAGCGCCGGGCAGCGUUGUGGCCGCAGCAGCGGCUGCCGCAGCUGUGGCUGGUACCAGCACCACAUCCGCAAGCAAUGCGGCGACCGUCACCUGCACCGCAGCCGAUGCGGCUGGGCUGAGCAGCGCGGCCGCCGCUGCGCUACCUUUUGUGAGCGCCGUCGGCUUUGCACGCUCCACGCCCAACUCGGAGCAUGCGGACGGAGCGUUCGGCGGGGCGGCCAACAUUGCGGGCGCCGGCAGUGCAGGCGGUAAUAGCACCAGCGGUGCAGCUGGCGGCGGUACAGGUGGCAUGAGCUCGGCGCGCAGCUCUCCGCUGGCAUUGAGCUCCAAUGCGAGCGUCGGUGGCGCCAGCGUAACGGGCUUGGCGCUGGCCAACGGCGGCGCUGGGGCAUCGAAUGGCGCCGGCCUGCCCUCCAGCAGCCCCUAUACCACGGACUUCAGCUCGCCCUCGGCGGCCUCGCCUUUUGUGGCAGCUGCAGCGGCAGCGGCUGUGGCAGCCGGCCGUGCGCCCAGCUACCCAGGCUAUUUUCCGGGCGUCGCCGGCCUGGGUAAUGUCACGCCCACCGAUCUCUCCAUGAAGCCAACGGCGCUGGGCGCUGGCAGCAGCCUGGCCAGCAGCAUCAGCAGCAACAACAACAACAACAUCAACAUCAACAGCAACACAGUCAGCGCACAGCUAAGUGCCGCCAAUCUGGCAACGCUGAGCAAUGCCAGCAACAACAAUGCGCUGGUCACAGCCACACAGCAGCUGCAGCAGUUGCAGCAGCAGCAGCAGCAACAGCAACAACAGCAGCAGCAACAGCAGCAACAGCAACAGCAGCAACAGCAGCAGCAGCAACAACAGCAGCAACAACAGCAGCAGCAACAGCUGCUAGCAGCAUCUGGCGAUGCCAAUUGCUCACGUGUGGCGCCCAUUUUACCACACAAGCUGAGCCCCAACGAGGUGACCGCCGCUCGUCAGGUGAUCUCUGCGUAUAGGGAGAGCGCAGCGUUUCUGCUGCGCACCGCCGACCAGGUGGAGCAGCUGCUGGUGCAGCAGCAGUAG